CUCUCUCAUAAGACAGAAGCCGCCUCAGCCACUACUUCCUGCGCUUCUCUUUCUUUCUCAAACCUCAAAGCCUCCUUUUUUCAAAACCUUCUAAAACCCCUUUACCUAUUUAUUUGCUUUUUCUUUUUAUUGUCUAAUCUAUAUUCACCUUCGAUUGCUUCAAGACCUAUUUUGCUGAAGGUGAAAAUGGCUGGAAAAUCGAACAAGGGGAGGAACAGAAAAGGGUCACAUAAUUUAUCUGCUUCUUCGGACCCCUCAGUCCAUUCUGAUGUUCCUGCAAAGGAUAAUGUGGAAGGCACUUUAGCAUCUGGGAAAACUGAUGCAACUGAAGUUGUAGCUGCUAGUGAUUCAAUGAGUGCCAAUCCGGAGGUGAAGGAGAAUGAAACAGCCACUGAAGGGAGCCAACAAAAACAAGGUGAACUGUGUCAGAGAAGUGAUCUUCAACUUUACCCUGUUUCAGUUAAAACACAAACGGGGGAGAAGCUCGAGCUUCAGUUGAACCCUGGAGACUCUGUCAUGGAUAUAAGACAGUUCCUUCUUGAUGCUCCUGAGACAUGUUUUAUUACUUGCUAUGACUUGCUGCUGCACACGAAGGAUGGAUCCACUCAUCACCUGGAAGACUAUAAUGAAAUCUCUGAAGUAGCUGAUAUUACUACUGGUGGCUGUUCCUUGGAAAUGGUGCCUUCUUUUUAUGAUGAUCGAUCUAUAAGGGCUCAUGUUCACCGUACAAGGGAGUUGCUUUCCCUUUCAAACCUCCAUGCUUCACUAUCAACAUCACUUGCCCUACAGAAUGAAAUUGCACAAAAUAAAGCUGCAAAUUCAGGAGAUACCUUGAAACCUGAGGUUCCUGAGCUUGAUGGGCUUGGUUAUAUGGAGGACAUCUCUGGUUCAUUAGGUAAUUUGUUAUCGUCCCCAUUGAAGGAUAUUAAAUGUGUAGAGAGCAUAGUUUUUUCAUCCUUCAAUCCUCCUCCAAGCUAUAGAAGGCUUCUUGGGGAUUUGAUUUAUUUGGAUGUGGUAACUCUUGAGGGCAAUAAAUUUUGUAUUACGGGAAGCACAAAAUUGUUUUACGUCAACUCAAGCUCGGCAAACUGUCUUGAUCCAAGGCCAAGUAAAGCUACUUUUGAAGCAACAACACUUGUUGCUCUCUUACAGAAAAUUAGCCCCAAGUUCAAGAAAGCAUUUCGUGAAAUAUUGGAGGGUAGAGCUGCAGCUCAUCCUUUUGAAAAUGUGCAGUCUUUGUUGCCGCCUAAUUCAUGGCUUGGGUUAUACCCAGUUCCUGACCACAGGCGUGAUGCAGCUAGGGCUGAGAAUGCCUUAACUCUUCUUUAUGGCAAUGAGCCAAUUGGCAUGCAAAGAGACUGGAAUGAGGAGCUGCAGUCUUGUAGAGAAUUUCCUCAUACAACUCCACAGGAGAGGAUUUUGCGGGAUAGGGCACUUUAUAAAGUGACAUCAGACUUUGUUGAUGCAGCCAUUAAUGGUGCUAUUGGAGUGAUCAGUGGCUGUAUUCCUCCAAUAAACCCUACUGAUCCUGAAUGCUUUCACAUGUAUGUGCACAACAAUAUAUUCUUUAGUUUUGCUAUUGAUGCUGACUAUGAGAAGCUGUCAAAGAAACAUGUAGAUGCUAAUUCAAAAACAUGGAGCACCGGAACUUUGCAAAGUUCUUCUAAUAAAGCUCCCAUUCCUCUUCAUGGACAAAGUCAGGUUUCCAAUGGGGGGAAAGAUGAUGGUUCAAGAGAAGAUCUUAAUGGUGAAGAAAUCACUCAAGAUGUUUCUCCUGAAUCUCAGCUGGCUGAGAAUGAGCAAGCCACAUAUGCUUCUGCAAACAAUGAUUUGAAGGGAACAAAGGCUUACCAAGAAGCUGAUGUCCCUGGACUUUAUAAUCUUGCUAUGGCUAUAAUUGACUAUAGGGGUCAUAGAGUGGUAGCUCAGAGUGUUUUGCCAGGCAUUCUUCAAGGGGACAAGUCAGACUCUCUCUUGUAUGGCUCUGUUGACAAUGGAAAGAAAAUUUGCUGGAAUGAAGAUUUUCAUUCUAAGGUGUCAGAGGCUGCCAAACGCCUUCAUUUGAAGGAACAUUUAGUCCUUGAUGGAUCUGGUAAUGUGUUCAAAUUAGCUGCGCCAGUGGAAUGCAAGGGCAUUGUUGGUGGUGAUGACCGGCAUUAUCUUCUUGAUUUAUUGAGGGUGACUCCUCGUGAUGCCAAUUAUACUGGACCUGGUUCUCGAUUUUGUAUCUUGAGACCAGAAUUAAUUACGGCCUUUUGUCAAGCUCAAGCAUCGGAAACUUUGAAAUCUCAGGAGACAAAUUCCCAAGGGGCAGACAACAUUGCCACUGGUUCCCAAAAUGCUGCUGAUGCUGACAAACAGGAUUCAACACAGGAAAAAAAAACUGAGAAUGUCAAAGAACUGGUUUCUGCAGCUGCUGAAGUCUCUGAUCAUAGUGAGGAUAUUGUUUUUAAUCCUAAUGUCUUCACUGAAUUCAAACUUGCUGGGAGUUCAGAGGAAAUAGCAGCUGAUGAAGAUAAUGUUAGAAAAGUUAGUCAAUAUCUUGUUGAUGUUGUACUUCCGAAGUUUAUACAAGAUCUAUGUACACUUGAAGUUUCACCUAUGGAUGGCCAGACAUUAACUGAAGCACUCCAUGCUCAUGGAAUUAAUGUUCGCUAUAUUGGCAAAGUGGCUGGAGGGACUAAACAUCUACCUCAUCUGUGGGAUCUUUGUAAUAAUGAGAUUGUUGUCAGAUCUGCUAAGCAUAUUAUCAAGGAGUUACUGAGAGAGACAGAGGAUCAUGAUCUUGCACCGGCAGUAUCUCAUUUCUUGAACUGUCUAUUUGGAAGUUGUCAAGCUCCUGGUGGAAAAGUAACUGCUAAUAGCACACAGUCCAAAACUCCUAAAAAGGAACAUGCAAGGCAUCAGUCCCCAGGAAAACAUUCCAAAGGGCAAGCACGAUGGAAAGGGAGAGCAUCUUUGCGAAAGAUGCAACCUUCGUAUAUGAGUAUCAGCUCAGAAGCACUUUGGUCAGACAUUCAAGAAUUUGCAAUGGUUAAAUAUAAGUUUGAGUUGCCAGAGGAUGCAAGGUCACGUGUUAAGAAAAUUUCUGUUAUACGUAAUCUCUGUCUGAAGGUUGGUAUAACCAUUGCAGCUCGUAAAUAUGAUCUUAGUUCUGCAACACCAUUCCAAACAUCAGAUGUCUUGGAUCUCCGUCCAGUGGUCAAGCAUUCAGUUCCUGCCUGUUCAGAAGCCAAGGAACUUGUGGAAACUGGAAAACUUCAAUUGGCUGAGGGCAUGCUCAGUGAAGCCUACACUUUAUUUUCUGAGGCAUUCUCAAUUCUACAACAGGUUACUGGUCCCAUGCAUCGAGAGGUUGCUAAUUGCUGUCGGUAUCUUGCCAUGGUUUUGUAUCAUGCUGGAGACAUGGCUGGGGCUAUUAUGCAACAACAUAAGGAGCUAAUUAUAAAUGAACGUUGUCUUGGUCUAGAUCAUCCUGACACUGCUCACAGUUAUGGAAAUAUGGCUCUGUUCUACCAUGGACUUAACCAGACAGAACUUGCUCUUCGUCAUAUGUCCCGUGCUUUGCUAUUAUUAAGUCUUUCAUCAGGGCCAGAUCAUCCUGAUGUUGCAGCAACUUUUAUCAAUGUUGCAAUGAUGUAUCAGGAUAUAGGAAAAAUGAACACAGCUCUUCGUUAUCUGCAAGAAGCAUUAAAGAAGAAUGAAAGGCUUCUUGGGGAGGAACACAUUCAAACUGCUGUUUGUUAUCAUGCUCUUGCAAUUGCAUUUAAUUGUAUGGGUGCUUUCAAGCUCUCUCACCAGCAUGAGAAGAAAACAUAUGAUAUACUUGUCAAACAACUUGGUGAAGAUGAUUCAAGGACAAGGGAUUCACAGAACUGGAUGAACACAUUUAAGAUGCGUGAGCUACAGAUGAAUGCCCAAAAGCAAAAGGGUCAAGCUCUGAAUGCAGCUUCAGCUCAGAAAGCCUUUGAUAUCUUGAAGGCACAUCCUGAUUUGAUACAAGCAUUCCAAGCUGCUGCAGCUGCUGGUGGACCUGGAAGCUCAGGAACAUCUGCAAACAAAUCCCUCAAUGCUGCAAUGAUUGGUGAGGCUCUCCCCAGAGGAAGGGGAAUCGAUGAAAGGGCUGCACGUGCAGCUGCUGAAGUCAGGAAGAAGGCUGCAGCAAGGGGCUUGUUAGUACGUCCCCACGGUGUCCCGGUCCAAGCCUUGCCACCCCUUAGCCAACUUCUGAAUAUUAUAAAUUCAAAUGUGACUCCAGAUGCUGUAGAUAAUGGGAAUGCAGAUGGAGCAAAGGAACCAAAUGGCACUCCUUCAAGUGAUACAAAUGAUGCCAAAAAAGGACAAUCAGAGCCUGCACAAGAACAAUCAGAGCCUGCACAAGAACAGGCUCCAGUGGGAUUAGGCAAGGGGUUGUCAUCAUUGGACUCUAAGAAACAAAAAUCAAAACCAAAGGCUGGGGCUUGAAAUUUUGAACUUGUAAGCUCUGGUAAUUGGCAAUGGUAGAUUUAUUUGAGAUAAAAAAUUCUUUGAGAUGGUUGGAUUUUCCAGGUACUUUACUCAGCUUUUGAAGAGUGUUGUAGCAGUUAGAAGUGAUUUUUGGCACUUUCUCCCUCUUUUCCAGCAGGUUUGGUAAUUGGUAGAUUUAAACAUCCAGAGUGAAUGCAAGUGACUGUAACACAAGUACAUUGUUUUUUUUCAUCUGGCCAAUUACUGAUAAUCUUUCAGUAAAUUAUAUGUUUGGGGAUAUAGGGUAAUAACUAAAAUUUUUACAUGAACCCUUGUAACGAUAACAAGUUUAAUUGCCAGUUGAAUUGAGGCAAAUUCAAUGCAUAAUGUGCUUUAUAGAAAUUUUCGCUGCAACUUCUGUAUGACAUUGUGAUUAAUAAAAUGGUGGCAAUUCUUUAUGCGAAUUGCUUGAUGCUGAAU